CAUUUCGCAUCGGCCGAUCGGUUCAAUCGACUUCGAAUUUCGCGAUACAGCGACUCCUCUUCCUUUCAUUCCGUUUCCCCCAGGGCCUGUGUGCACCAGUGGAAAAAAGUCACUGUUCGCAUCAGUUGUACAUUUUACCCGAUUCUACUUCUACUUCGUAGAAUUCCAAGUAGAAUCCGUACUUGAAGACGACAUCACGUACGCUUGAUUCGUUUUAGCAAGUGCUAAGAGAUAAGAAUUUUUAUCUGUUACAUCCAAUACGAAUUCAGUAGUUUUUUUUAAUCCCACGGAGUCAUGGGUACUUGUCGCGUUGAUUACGCUUCAUUAAAUCAGAAAGAGACGAUGCUGACGGACAUGGAUCAAUUGCCGUCCAUUCAGCUGGGGGAUUUUGUUCUUCAGUUUGAACUUGGCCCGCCCAGUACAGAAGUCCAGGCAGUCGCCAGGAAAGAACUCAGGGAGACACCUGAGCUGCAAAAACAGGCUGUCGCUGAACUUCGGGAAUUACUCAAAAAGGAAAGUGACCUCAAAUGCCCGCUCGACAACGAAUCCUGGUUGAUCCGUUUCCUCCGGCCAUGCAAGUACUACCCAGAUUCAGCAGCUAAAUUGGUAAAAGAGUAUUACGCCUUCAAAGUGAAGCACUCGAAUGUUUAUGACGGCCUCAAGCCAUCGAGGGAGAGAAACAUCUUCGAGCACAACAUCCUCACUGUUCUACCAAAUCGAGAUCAACACGGACGUCGUAUAUUGAUCAUUGAGCUUGGAAAGAAGUGGAAGCAUAAUAAGGUGUCAUUGGAUGAGGUGUUCAAAGGUGCUGUUUUGUACCUCGAGGCUGCUAUGCUUGAGCCAAUAUCCCAGAUUGCUGGUGCUGUUGUUAUAUUUGAUAUGGAUGGACUGAGUUUACAGCAGACUUGGCAAUUCACUCCACCUUUUGCUAAGAGAAUUGUCGAUUGGCUACAAGAUGCUGUACCACUCAGAAUAAAAAAUAUUCAUAUUGUCAAUCAGCCUUACGUCUUCAAUAUGGUAUUCGCUCUGUUCAAGCCCUUCCUCAGGGCGAAAUUGAAGGAACGAAUUAUUUUCCAUGGGACUGAUCGUAAAUCGCUGCAUCAGCACAUGUCUCCGAAGUGCUUGCCAGAGUGCUAUGGUGGGACUGUAUCAAUUCCCAGAGUCACUGGGGCUCAAUGGCUUGAAUUGUUGAUCAUGUGUGAUAAGGAGUACGAUGCGAUCAACUCCUAUGGCUACAAGAAAAAAUAAUGCGUUUAUAGAAUUUAAAAAAAAAACACUCGACGUCGAGCGAUUGACGUUGUUAUAAUUAAAAUUGAAGUGAGAGGAACAGGCCACUGUGUGGAGAACCUACCGCUCGACGAAAAUCAAUUGUUAAUAACUAUAAAUUAAUUCCGGGUCGAAUCAAUAGGCCCUCAACCCCUUCCGUGUAUUUAAUAAUGAAACGGAUUGCUCAUUUUAUAGAAUUAAUGAAUAAAAUAAUUCCUGAAUCUU